AUGCAAUUAAACAAUAAGCUGUGGCUUACGGCGCUGAUCAUCGUCUAUCUCGAUCUCUCCGCCACGCAGAACGUGACCGACCUCUUCAGGAGCAUCAACUCCUUCAAGUCCUGCAUCGGCGACAGGAAUCCGGUGCUUUGUGUCAAGGAGAAGGCUUUGGAUGCUUUGAACGAGACCAUAAUGAGCGACGAACCCAUGAGGUUCUUCGACACGUUGACCAUUGAAAGGAAUCCUGAUUAUCUCACCAAUGAGACGGGUGAAGAUUUGCCUCAGGAGGCCACAGCCAGGAGCAUCAAGCUCACCAACAUCUUGUACGACAGGAUCGAGGACUUUUUCAAGUCCAGGACCCUCAAACUCAAUUUGGCUCCAGCUUUUGAAGGCAGGAAGAAGGGCGGCAAAGGCGGCGGCAAGGGGAUGAUGAUGAUGGGCAUGAUCGGCGUCGGGUGCAUGAUGGCCCAGAUGAUGAUGGGCAAGGUGGCGAUGAUGGCGGGCGCCGCCCUCAUACUGGCCAAGGUGGCGUUGCUCCUCUCCGCCAUCAUGGGCUUCAAGAAGAUGUCCGGAGGUGGGGGUGGCGGCGGCGGCGGCGGUGAGACCCACGUUGUGUACGCUUCGCCCGGCGGCGGUGAUGGGGGCGGCCACAGCCACGGGGGCGGCGGUUGGCACAGGAGUUUGGACACCGACAGGCUGGUUUACAGCAGCUACAACCCCGACAACCUCACGGGGUAUUAAAAACUGCAGUGGCUGUUAUUUAUUUACUUAUUUAUUGGGGGGGAUGUUAAAUACUGCAAAUUUACCCAGUUAGACGUCAAUUAAUUAGCUGUAGGUUGAAGGUAAUUAACUAAAUUUUCAAUUAAACGUGGGGAGCACAAUUGCAAUUUUUUAGCCGAGUCUAAAUGUGUCAAUUUGCAACAGAUGUAUAAUGCACAAAGUCAUAGCAAGAAAUUUUUAAUUAGUCUAACA